AUGGUGAGCGAGAAAGUCGGAGGUGCAGAGGGAACCAAGCUUGACGAUGACUUCAGAGAUCUAGAACGGAAAGUGGACGUGACCAGUAAAGCCGUUGCGGAGGUGAUCUCUAAAACUUCGGAAUAUCUCCAGCCCAACCCUGCAUCAAGGGCCAAACUAUCCAUGUUGAACACCAUGUCCAAAAUCCGUGGUCAGGUGAAGAACCCCGGCUACCCUCAGGCCGAGGGGCUUCUGGGAGAAUGCAUGACCAAGUAUGGAAGAGAACUCGGAGAGGAGACCAACUUUGGUGGCGCGCUGGUGGAAGUCGGUGAAGCCAUGAGGAGAAUGGCAGAAGUCAAAGACUCGCUGGACAUUGACGUCAAACAGAACUUCAUUGACCCGUUGCAAGGACUCUGUGACAAGGACCUCCGAGAGAUUCAGCACCACCUCAAAAAACUGGAAGGUCGCCGCCUGGAUUACGACUACAAAAAAAAGCGGCAAGGCAAAAUUCCGGAAGAGGACAUCCGACAGGCCCUGGAGAAGUUCCACGAGUCGAAGGAAGUCGCCGAGACGAGCAUGUACAACUUGCUGGAGACAGACAUUGAGCAGGUGAGCCAGCUAUCGUCUCUGGUGGAGUCCCAGCUGCAGUACCACAAGCAGGCGGUUCAGGUCCUGGAAGAGCUUUCUGACAAGCUUGGAGAAAGGAUGACUGAGGCGCAGUCCCGACCGAGACGCGAAUACACGCCUAAGCCCAAACCUUUGUUUGACUUCGGGGAAGACAACCACUCCAACGGGGGCUACUCCACUUCAAUGGCACCACCCCCUUCUCGCAACUCAGAGCCGUCAAUUCACUGGGCCAGAUUGUCAUUUCGGAAGCCAACGUUGUCCCCGGAGCAACCCAGCUGCAAGGCGCUGUACGACUUUGAACCUGAGAAUGAGGGCGAACUGGGCUUCCGCGAGGGCGACAUCAUCACGCUGACCAAUCAGAUCGACGAGAACUGGUAUGAGGGGAUGCUCAACAGCCAGUCGGGGUUUUUUCCACUCAACUACGUGGAGGUGCUGGUUCCCUUGCCCCACUAA